AUGUCGGCCCUAAUUAACACAAAUAACUUGAAUGUGAAGGAGUUGCUUGUUGUCGUCUUGUCUCUUACAGCUGUACUCACUCUAUCACAUCUCUUCUACAAUGGGUUCCUUCACCCGCUUCGAGAUUUUCCGGGGCCCAUUUCCCAUAGCAUGGCAGUCCUCCCCCGCGCUGUAAUGCAAUUUCGUGGCCGUCUACCCCUUCACGUGGCAGACCUUCAUCGACGCUAUGGGACAGUCGUUCGCAUCGCACCAAAUGAAUUAACCUUCAGCAGUCCUCAGGCAUGGCGUGAUAUAUAUGGCUACAAGCCUGGCCAAGAGGAAUUCCCUAAGUACCGGGGAUUCUAUAAAAUAUUUGCCCACAUUCCGACAACUAUAGUUAAUGCUGAUACGUUUGAGCAUGGGCGGUUGCGUCGCCAUCUUGCUCCCGCCUUUGGCGAUCGCUCAAUGCGUGCGCAGGAGCCCAUUGUUGCUUCUUACGUGGACUUACUGAUCUUGCGUUUGAAGGAAGCCGUGCAGAAAGACAGUUAUCAAAACAUGUUAGAAUGGUACACCUGGGCGACGUUUGAUAUCAUAGGUGAUCUAAGUUUCGGCGUUGAAGGUGGCUUCGGCUGUUUGACUAAUAUCAGCUACCACCCCUGGGUAAAAUUAAUUAAGACGACCAUAGUUCAGAACGGGAGGAUCUUAGCACUGAUAGAACUUGGAUUCCGGAAACCCCUUGCGUGGCUACAUCAACUCGCGGGCAAAGUAUUUGCUGAAUACCAGCACCGUCUUAUCGUGAAAGAAAAAGUCUUACAGCGCAUGAAUGGCGCGAAACGGCCAGAUUUCCUAGAUAACUUGAUCCGAAAUAAGGAGUUACUGAAUCUUGACGCCGGUCGCUUGGCUACCAAUGCCUCGGUACUUGUCGUUGCCGGCUCGGAGACUACGGCUACUCUGCUGUGCGGAGUGACUUAUUUCCUAACGACGAAUAUCGACAUCCUACAGAAAGUUCAGCAUGAGGUCAGGUCUUCCUUCAAAGGCAAUGAAGAAAUCACCUUAACAAGCGUUGGAAAUCUACACUUCAUGUUGGCUUGCUUAAAUGAAGCGCUCCGUCGCUAUCCACCAGUUGCAACAGGUGCGCCUCGGGUAACUCACAAGGAUGCUGUUAUUGACGGAAGACUCGUGCCAAAAGGGACUAUCGUCUCUGUGUUCCAGUAUGCUGUCAAUCACGAUGAGCGCUACUGGAAAGAGCCCAAUAAAUUCUUACCCGAGCGUUGGAUGGGCGAUCCUACAUACGAAAGUGACCAGCUCGAUGCAAUGCAAUCAUUUAGCGUUGGUCCGCGCAACUGUAUCGGGCGAAAUCUCGCCUACGCGGAGAUGCGCUUGAUUCUCGCUAAGCUCAUCUAUAACUUCGACUUAACCCUCGCAGAUGAGAGCCAUCAUUGGAUUAGCGCCCAGAGGGUUUGGUCAACCUGGGAUAAACCUCCUCUGCGCAUACAUCUUCAUCCCCUCGACUCGAUCAACAGCGCAGAUUGA